AUGCCUUCAAGCAGUUAGGACAAACACAAAAUCAUUCACAAUCCAAAACAUUUGAAAUUCAGAAACUCGAGUUUUCUAUAUUCAAAUAAGUUUUUCUUUUUUUCAAGAUCAAUCUUCUUCUUUUUUCAACACAUACGAAAAUGGGUUUUCGUUUACCAGGUAUCAUCAGAAGGACAUCGUCUUCAAAAGGCGUGGACAUGCCAAAGGGAUAUCUAGCAGUAUAUGUUGGAGAGGAAAUGAAACGUUUUGUGAUCCCUAUAUCAUACUUGAACCAACCAUCGUUCCAAGACUUGUUGAACCAAGCCGAGGAACAAUUCGAAUAUGAUCAUCCAAUGGGUGGUCUCACUAUUCCUUGCGGAGAAGACAUGUUCUUAGAUAUCACUUCUCGUUUGAGUAGGUGUUAACCUCUUUUGUAGAAGGAGCUGACAUAGAUUAUAUAACUUGAGGAAAUUGUACAUAAGACACUUUUUUUUUUAUUCUUUUCCAUUUUUGUAUUCCUUUGUAAGUCAAAGGUACAUGAAAAAGCAUUUGAGGGAGAUUGUAUGGAAAAAGAUUAUAGCUUGUUUUGGGCUUUGGCCAAUGUUCAAUGAAUAUAUGUUAUAAACUUAUUUGCCAAAAUUAUAAUACGAAGUGAAAGAUUUUAUUGCGUA